CACGGACACGCGCGCCCUCUCACGCGCGCUCUCGGACUAUAUUUGGGGGCGCUCGCGCAGAGAAACAGUUGAUGACGGAGCUGCUGGAUGUUUCUGAACCAACACCGGUGACAACUAACAGGUAUUGAUCGGGCUGCAGAGCCCUGAAGACAAACACAUACAGACAUGAUCCCCUAUUCUCCCUGAGGAUCUGACCAAUCAGCAGUCAGGAUGAUGCCCAAGCAGCUGGCUCAGACGUCUCCAGGGAGCGUGUUGUCGCUGAGAGGGUCGAGCGUCCCGGGAUCCCCCGCCGCCGCCAUCGUGGCCAGGGUGGAGGACGGGGUCAUCGGCUAUAAGGACUUGGCAGCGUUACCCAGAGACAAAGCCAUCCUGGACAUAGAGAGACCAGAUCUGAUGAUCUACCAGCCACACUACAGCUACAGCCCAUUGGAGAGGUCCUUGUCUCCUCGCUCCAUCUCUCCUCCUGCCUCCCCAGAGAAGGAGUCCAGGGAGUGGCUGGAGAACCGUUCUCCCGGAGGCUCCUCCCCUUGUUCCACCAUCCAGACCAGCAGAACACACAGCACACACACACCGCCCACACCAAACACACCAAACACACCACACACACACAUCUCCAGCACCAAGAGCACCAUGCAGCACUUCCACAGGCCGGAAAAUGGCACCAACAUCUAUAAGAAGCCUCCCAUCUACAAACAAGAAGCGUGUGUGUCCUCUCAGCUCCCUCAGGGGAAACACAUCGUGGAUUUGAUCAUUGAGUCCUCAAAGUUUCCAGCAGCUCAGCCUCCGGACCCGAACCAGCCCUCCAAGAUCGAGACCGAGCACUGGCCCUGCCCCCCCUCACUGGCUGUGAUUGAGAAGGAGUGGAGGAAGAAGGAUGAGAGGGAUGAAGAUGAGGAGGAGGAUGGAGAGCUGGAUGACGAGCUGUGGGGCCUCAGAGCUCUUCAGAAACAGGAACUCAACAAGAUUCAGUCUAAUCUGGGAAAAAUCAUCCUGAAGGAGGAGCUGGAGAAAUCUGCUCCUCUGAGGAGGAAAACUCGAUCGCUGCCCGACCGCAGCCAACACACAGGGUCCAACGCAACCAAGUCGGUGUAUUUCCCAGCAUCCUCUAAGAGCGGCCUGUCCAGGCUGCAGUCGGCAGAGUUCAGCUCCUCGGAGAAAACUCCUGCAGAUCUUCAGAACGGAGACUCCAGGAUGGACCGAGGGAACUCUCUGCCCAGCAUGUUGGAUCACAAGAUUUGCCCCUAUGAGGUGCUGGUGGUGACUCACAGAGGGCGGAGCAAACUGCCCCCAGGUGUGGACAGAACCAGGCUGGAGCGCCACCUCUCUCAGGAGGAGUUCUUCAGUGUUUUCGGGAUGUCCAUCGAGGAGUUCGACAGCCUCUCUCUGUGGAAGAGGAACGACCUGAAGAAGAAAGUCUGUCUCUUCUGACGCACCACAUCUCCCACAACCCCCCUGCUCUUCCUGGAUCACUGCAGGACCCUGAAACCACACGGACUCAUUAUUAUCACCGCCGCCACCGCCACCGCCACCGCCACCGCCUCCACCCUCAUCAUCACAGUCAGACGCUCAGUGAGCCGUCAGGUUUGAUUCACAGUGGAGUUUGAAUGAGUUUAGAUUCCUGCUGCACACAUCAGCUCCUGCAGAACCAAACGCUUCAGUUUCUAAACGUCUGUGGAAAAUGUGUUAAAAACCAAACUGCAGAGCGAGUUAGCACAAAGAGUCAACCUGCAGGUCAACAAGCACAGAGCAGCUCCAGCUUUAAUGGCUUCUGAUCAGAGCUCCACCUGAGAGCAGAGGGACUCCAGUGGGUUCACCUGGAGGUGAAGGGGCGUGGUCACACCAGCGUUAAGUCAUUUCAUUUUAAUAAAAUCGCUGCAAUCAGUGAAGUAAAUUCAUACUUAUCUUUUUGCGUUGAGUUUUAGUUUGGUCAGCGUUAACAGGUAAAUCUGCUCUAAAACUGUUUCGACAGUCUGGAGGUGUCUGAGCUCAGAGACUGCAACUUUAAAAAGACUAAAUGCACCAAAGUGUGAAAGCCUCUCGUAUCUUAGGACAACUUGAGGUUUUAGUCGCACAGUGUUAGAUUUAGCAGAGACGAGGGAUCUUGCAGGGUCACUGUUUGCAGCCUCUGAGAGUAUUUCCCAUCCUGCUCCUGGUGGAAAAUAUUACACCAAACUCCCUUUAAGAAAUAAGACAUUUUAACGACUCCUUAACUGUCGGCAGAAACGCAUCACUCUAGAAACACAAGAUAACAGACGUCACAUGUCGACAGUAUUCUUCAAUUCAGCAUCAGUAGAACCCAUAAAGAUGAACUGUAUUUAUGUACAAACUUUAGAUUUUGGAUUUUGUCGCAUCAACUUGCUGCCAACCUCCGUUAGUGAGCUGAGCUGUUUUUCAUUGUCAUUUCCUGGUGUGACCCGGCCCGUGAUGUCAGAUCAUUCAUCUGAAAGCUUUUAACUGUGAAACAAGAGCAGCCAGAUUUAACCUGCUGAAGCACAGUUGUUUGGUUGUGGUGGUGGAAUUCUGGGAAAUGUAGUUCAUUCUGCUGGCGAUCCCACUGGAGUCUCUCCGAAGCUUUCAUGUUAAUCCCACAAACUUUAGCAUCAAAAGUCUGAAACUGAAGCUGAAGCUGCAGUUUGAAGCUGAAGCUGCUGUUUGAAGCUGCAGUCUGAAGCUGAAGCUGCAGUUUGAAGCUGAAGCUGCUGUUUGCCUCCUGACAGAUUAAUUUCCUUCAGACUGGAGUGAAUAUUUUAUCUCGCAGCUCUCGGCUGCAGUCGGGCUUUAAAUCAAACAUUCCUGCUGACUCUGAGUCAGAGUUCAACACUGAUCUGACGCUGACUGUCAGCGAUCUUUCCAAAGGAUUGUUCCUAUUGGCUCAGCCAGCUAUGAUGUCAUAACGACAGCAUUUGUUUCCCAGCACCUAAAAAGAAGAAAAUAAGGAGACAGUUUGAUCAGAGUUUGAUGUUAAACAUCACGACCAGCAGCAGGAGCGAAUCACUGAACAUGUUUAUAACGAGCUGAACUCUGAUAAAUAUAUUUAUCUUAUUACCUUCAUCAACGUCCCGACCUGUGAUGAAGAGCUUUUUAUGUUUUAGAAUUUCUCUGCUUUUCCUCACAGCUUCAGGACGUCACUGAAAAAGUAAAGUUUGGUUUGGAGGGAAAACCUUUAAAAUGCUGAUGCAAUCGACCCAGUCAGCAGAAUAAAUGUUUCUGUAAACCACAGAUACAUUUGUACGCUAUUAUGUAGUGGAUACGCUGAAACAAUGCUGUGGUUCACAUGCAGUUAUGUUCAGGCACAAAAGCCACUUGGUUAUGGUCAGGAGAAGAUUGUGUUUUGGCUUAAAACACCUGGUUUGGGGGGCAGUAUCCUAUUUUUGUGGCACUAUUCUGGCGAGAAAUGCAGCGAUGUCUUGGUAAAAACAACCGCUUUUUGUGGCACUAUGACAACAGGAAGCACGGUGAUGUCUUGAUAAAAACAACCACUCUUCAUGGCACUAUGGUGGCAGGAAAUGCAGCGAUGUCAUGCUAAAAACCAAAGGCCUUUUUGUGGCAUUAAGCUGGCUGGAAACACAGAGAUGACUGGCUUAAACGUUGGUCUGCAGCUUGAGAGGCGUCUCGCCCAGGUGUCACGUACAAAUGUAACAUAUGCUUGGUUUGCAGAAACAUACGUCAACAUUUUCUUCUGGUGACUGGACUGAAAUGUGACAGAACAUGAGCUGACGUGGACUUUAAGCUUUUUGUUUUAAUUUAAUAUAUAUUUGGAGAUUUCAAAGCUCUCGUCUUUACAGGGUUUUAACAACUGACAGAGACUCUGUCGGCUGCAACAGCUGACUCCAAAAACUUCAAGGUAUAAUGUUCACCAUCUUAGUUAGCAUGUUAGCAUGCUGGCUAAUUAUCUGCAAAUAAAACCAAGUGUUGUGUUUCUAACAUCACAUUUGACCGUCACAGACUGGUUGGAUGUUGUGGUGUCACAGUCUUUGUUUGGCUCAGUUUAGGCGGUGAAGUUUCUACGACAGGUUGAAGGUGGUUCAGACUCCAGAGAAAGAUUCAGU